AUGUCAUCACCAGAACCUAUCCUCCACAUCAAACCAAACCUUCUCCAAGAGAGCGAAGCCUUUUCCUCCAAAUUAUAUUCGCAUCCAAACGAACUUUGGAAUAGUUUGGAAGUGAAUGAAUUAUUGGAAAGUGUUCCUUGUAUUGGAAAGAAGUAUCCGAGUGUUUUGGAUGAAAGUGUGGACGAGAGAAGAGCUGAAUUUCUUCAGGAUUUGAAAUCUUGUGCAGAGUUUAAAACAGCUGCCGAUAACAAGUUUAAAUUAGUUUCGAAUGAUGAAGUUUUAACAAGAAAUAAUCAUCUCGUGCAGAAAUAUGAUCAAAUGCUGGAACAAAACGGAUCCAUUACAAGAUUUCCAACACUAUACAGUCAUUUACAACAUUCUUCCACUACUGUAGAUCACUCAACAACAGUUGAUCAACUUGUGAAAAAGCUCAACAUUGAAGAACCAGUGAAGGAAGUUGCUAAGGAUUUGCAUUCAUCAAGUCCUAACAUGGUUUCUCUCAUCUACAAUUUAUCAACUGCAUUCUGUAGAGAACAAAUCUUGGAUUGUAUCAAGAGAAGUUCUGCAAAAUCAUUGGAUCAGGCAUCAUUUGUCAAUUUGAGUACUUGCUUGGGAGGAUCCUGCACUGCAAAAGUAUUGGAAUAUUUGAGUGAAAAAUCUCAUGGUGCACAAUUUAAUUGUUUUAUGGAUGAGGAUGAUGAUGAUGAAGAGAGAGAAUUAGUUGACCUUGGGGAUGAUGAUGAGGAUGAGGAUGAUAUUCAAGAGGAGUUUAAGCCUAUUAAUAAUUUAACAGUUCAAGAAUCUAUUAAACAAUUUGAACAUGAGGCAAUUACUAAAAUUGGAUAUGAAUUCAAUAAUUUAAAUUGGAAAAAUAAUUUCUACAAACGAUUUCUAACACUAAUUGCAUAUUUAAAAGAUAUUGAUUCUGCAAUUUGGGGUGUAACUGAAUCGUUAUUAAAACCAUUAGAUGAUUCAAAAGUAUUUAAAUUAAAUAAUUUAUUGAAAAAGUGGAAAUUAUCAAAAUUAUUAUCCAGUAAUAUAUUUGAAAUCAAUGAAAAGACAAUAUUAUUUUUUAAUGAUGAUGGAAUACCAUAUGUAUUAAGAUCCAUUCGUAAAAGAUUAAUUCUUGACAAUACUGAGAUUAUGAAAAAUAUUAAAUUUGGAUUUGACAAGGAAAGGAUCACUAAAGUCCUUCCACAACUUGACAAUCAACAAGACCAACAAGUGUUGUGUGAUGUAAUGUGUGGAUUAUUUCCAAGCUUAGUAGAACAAAAGAAGAAACUGCUAAUUAAAAGGCCACCAUCAGCAUAUAUUAUAUUUGUAAAGAGAGCAAGAGAAAAAAUUACACAAGAAAAUCCUACAAUGACUGUUAUGGAAAUUUCUAAAAAAAUGGCAUACAUUUGGAAAGAUAUGAAUGGUGAUGACAAGCAAUUUUAUGUAGAACAAGCAAUUCAAGAAAAAUUGAAAUAUCAAAAACAAAAAGAAGAAUUCGUAUAUUGUAUUAGUGGAUUAGAUGAAAAUGUUAAUUAA